GAGGAAUCGAAAGAGAAAACAGGCGGCGGGAGCUGGCGGCCGCCGGCCUCCGGGAGCGGGGCGCGGGGAUGGAGCUGCGGGCCCUCUGGCUGCUUUGCUGCUGCUUCUGCUGCUGCGGCCGCGCUGCGGACCCCCGCGCCACCUUCACGGCGACGGAGCCGCGGAGCCGCGAGCGACAGGCAGCCGCCUUCCGGGAAAGUCUUCAUAGACAUCGAUACUUGAAUUCUGUAUUCCCUGGUGAAAACUCCAGUGCCGUCUAUGGAAUAAAUCAGUUUUCUCAUUUGUUUCCUGAAGAGUUUAAAGCUAUUUACUUAAGAAGCAAACCUUCCAGAUUGCCCAGAUACCGAGCAGAAGUGCAAACAUCCAUACCCAAUGUGUCUUUACCAUUAAGAUUCGACUGGCGGGACAAGCGUGUUGUAACACAAGUGAGAAACCAGCAGACGUGUGGAGGUUGCUGGGCCUUCAGUGUGGUGGGUGCCGUUGAAUCUGCAUAUGCGAUAAAAGGGAAGCCUUUGGAAGACCUAAGUGUUCAGCAGGUCAUUGAUUGUUCAUAUAAUAAUUACGGCUGCAAUGGAGGGUCUACUCUCAAUGCUUUGAACUGGCUGAAUAAGACGCAUGUAAAACUGGUGAGAGAUUCAGAGUACCCAUUCAAAGCGCAAAAUGGCCUGUGCCGUUACUUUUCUGAUUCACAUUCUGGAUUUUCAAUCAAAGGUUAUUCUGCAUAUGACUUCAGUGACCAAGAAGACGAAAUGGCAAAAGCACUUGUCACCUUUGGCCCAUUGGUCGUGGUAGUAGAUGCAGUGAGCUGGCAAGACUAUUUAGGAGGCAUAAUACAGCACCAUUGCUCUAGUGGAGAAGCAAAUCAUGCAGUUCUCAUAACCGGGUUUGAUAAAAUAGGAAAUACUCCAUAUUGGAUUGUGCGGAACUCAUGGGGAAGUUCAUGGGGAGUAGAUGGCUAUGCCCAUGUUAAAAUGGGAGGCAAUAUUUGUGGUAUUGCAGAUUCUGUUUCUGCUGUAUUUGUGUGAUUUGUUGGGCAGAUCAAGGGACAACUACGAAAAUGAAGGUUCAUAAUGGAAUGGAGCAUAGAGUUCAUUCUCAGUGUUAUUUGCCUGUAGGCCAUCAGCUCAGUGGCCGGGAAGUAAUCUGUGGAAGAGUUGCCUACUUUAGGAUGAAGGUCAAGUUAAGAAUUUCUUCAAUUUGAAGACACUUACCUGGUUUGAUUAUUGUUUUUGUUUGCUUGUUUUAAUGAUAUACUUCUAGUAAGAUUAAAGGAGGGAUAGGGAUUGCUUUUCCUUUGUAGAAUAUAAUCACUAGCCUUAGCUCACACUUAUAUAGAAGAAAGCCAGCCUAAAACGGGGUGUGCUUCUCACAAUUCACAGCCCACCGAGAUGGAAUUUCUUAAAGAUUUUGAAAUGCCAAUUGCUUUACCUCCACAAAAGACGCAUACCCCUUGAGCUGUAGAAAGGUCAUGUAGAAAGAAGCAAAAGGAGAAAGGCACUUUUUAAGAGAAAUAGAUUGAAAUUGAAGGACCGAUAUGGCAGCUAUAUGGUAGGAAAAACUCAAGUAGCGUUGUCUGAGAGACUAUUGUUAGGAAACUUUGUCAAUAGGAUUCCAAUGGGUCUUUUUUCUUAGUUUGUUCUCCCUGUGUUGAGGAGCAAUGCAUUUUCCCACUCUCUUUCUCUUACUCUUUACUGUGCCACUCCUAAAUUUUCCUAGUGGCUUGACUUCCCUGACUAAAGAAGCCUCCUAUUUUUACUAUUUUAUAACCAUUUAUUUGGCUCCAUUUGUUUCUAAGCCUUUAUCAAACCAGGAUCUCACCUUUCGGUUCCUCCCACCAUUCCUAGGCACCACCCCUUUCAAAGCCUAAUCCCAUCAGUCUGAGGUCUCAGCCAAACUGAAUUUCCUAGGCUCUCUGGUUUCCCACUCUUCUGCUUAUUUUUUCCAGGUUCCCAUUAGAACCACAUUUUUGUGCA